UCUUCCUUCAUUCCUUCGUCCGGGAGUGAGGAGGUGACGACGAGCCGCCGCGGCCCGCAGACUCCGAACCGAACCUGAAGGCAGAACACCGAAUGGCGGCGGCGCAGCGGCUGCAGGCGGACCGGAGGCCGAACGGAGAGUCUCUUGAUCGGCCUUGACGCCAUCGCGACCGCCUCCGGGGCUCUGGAGCACGAGGAGAGCCGGGCCGAGCCGGGACGGGCCGGGCCGAGCCGGGCCGAGCCGGGCCGAGCCGGGCCGAGCCGAGCCGAGCCGGGCCGCCGUCCCGCCCGGUAAUGUGACAUGAGGUCCGACGGUCCACUAAGACCCGCUAGCUCGCUGUGAUGCUUGUGUGGCCUCCACCCGCCGGACCUGACGGAGAGACCUCGCCUGUGACGUCACACAGCGGCCGGAGGCCCCCAGGCUAGAUUUUGGACCGAGCCCGAAAAGCGUGCUGGGAAGCGAUGUGACGGCCUCGAAGCGUUGUCGUGACGUCAUCAGACGACGAGUCCUCGAGAACUUGGCGAGUCCAAAUCCCCCAAGGUGAAAGCUCACCAAUUCGUGCUUGGUUCCGGAUUCCUCAGUUCUCACCGUUAUUUUGAGGCCUUGGAAACAUCGAUCCAUCCAUUGUCUGAGCCGCUCAUCCUCACAAGGAUCGGGCGCCCAAAAAAAACGCAAGCAUUUUUGGCCGUCAAAUGCAAAACCUUUAAAGGUCUCUUUCAAUUCUGGGGUCACCGUACAGGGGGACAAGGAACGCGGCCCCCUUUCGCCGGGUGAUGCGCUUGGCGCCCAUUCCGAUCGACGCCCGCUCCUGGUAGGAAACCCUCUCGGGGCGCAUUUGCGUUGUCAUGGAGCGCUCGGGCAGCAUCCAGCUGGACGUACCGGACUUCAGUAAUUCGGUCCUGUCCCACCUGAACCAGCUCCGGGUCCAGGGGCGGCUGUGUGACAUCGUGGUACACGUUCAGGGUCAGAGUUUCCGGGCCCACAAGGUGGUCCUGGCCGCCAGCUCGCCGUACUUCCGGGACCACAUGUCCCUGAGCCAGAUGAGCACCGUAUCCCUGACGGUGAUCCGCAACGCGUCCGUCUUCGAACAGCUCCUGGGGUUCUGCUACACGGGCCGCCUGCGCCUGCAGCUGCGCGACAUCAUCAGCUACCUGACGGCCGCCAGCUUCCUGCAGAUGCAGGAAGUCAUCGACCGCUGCACGCGCAUCCUGGAGGGGAUCCACCUCAAGAUCAGCCUGGCCGACCCGGACCGAGAGGCGGCGCCGCGCCCCCGCGGCCUGGAGGCGCCGGUCGGCUCGGCCCGCCGCGCCGAGGCGCCCGGCCGGGGAGAGGACCCGCGCGGCCCGGAGGCCGCCUCUCGAGAACCCGUCCUCCGUGUGGACCGGGCCGGUCGGUGGUACGUGGAGAGCGCCGGCGAGGCGGACGAAGGCGCCGACGGGAUCGCCGUCAAGACCGAGCGGGAGGAGCGCCGGAUCCAGGCGGACGGCGACCGGGAUCCGUCGGGCCCGGCCGACGGGGGCGCCGACCGCUCGGGGCGCGUCGCGCCCGAGACCUUCGGCGGAGCGAGGCCCGCCGUCGGCGACGCCGACAGGUGGAGCCCGGCAGGCGGCGUCGUCGUCCUCGCCGACCGCCAAAGAGCCAAAAGCGAAUCUCCGAGCAGAAGCGAAGACCGACGGCACGCCAACUCCCAGGUGGAGGAGGCGGCCUCGGCGGGGUACGAGGAUUACGCCAGGGACCCGGUGGGCGAGCGCUGGUUCCGCUACAACCCGCGCCUGACCUGCAUCUACUGCUGCAAGUCCUUCAACCAGAAAGGAAGUCUGGACCGCCACAUGCGCCUGCACAUGGGCAUCACGCCGUUCGUGUGCCGCCUGUGCGGGAAGAAGUACACCCGCAAGGACCAGCUGGAGUACCACAUCCGCAAACACACGGGCAACAAACCCUUCACCUGCCGCCUGUGCGCCAAGAGCUUCCCCUUCCAGGCCAUCCUCAAUCAGCACUUGCGCAAGAACCACCCGGGUCACCACGCCCAGAGCGCCUCGCCCGAGACCACCACGGCCUCGCUCAGCGCCAGGGGGGCCUCGCCGGGCCGAGACGACCCCGAGAGCGCCGGGGCGGCGUCCGGGGAGGGCCCUCACGCGUCCGUCUCCACCACGGGGCCCGACUGACCCGAAGGUCACGCCGCCCGGGAGGAAUCCCAGGGCGGCGACGGGCCAGGGGCCCCGCGCAUCCUCCUCUGCCGCGGGGCCCCGUCGGCGUAAAAGCCGACGUCGCCCGGGACGACGCCUGCCGAGCGUCCCGGUCCGCGCGAUGAAAACAUUUUUCGGCUAACGGCGUCCUUCCUGUCUGCCUCCCGACAAUCCAGCGUGGAGGCGGGAAAAGAUGGCCCCUCUCUCAGCAUCCGUGCUAAUCGCAUACCUCGGGACCGCCGUCGUUGAGUUCGGGUCUCAACGGACCGAAGCCGACCUCAUGCAGUUACCUCUCGUCGCCACUCGGGACACCCGGUGGUCCAAUAUCACGAGGCCAAGUUCCUGCACUAGGCUCAAAAUAACGUCCUCACCUCGGCGACGUCGGCCAAUGCUCGUGGGCUACGUUGGCCCCGGCUUGCGGACAGCUAGCUUGCUUCCGUUCUUGCUAGUUUUCCCAGCUAACAGCUACUAUACAAUGCUAACAGAGCUACCUAACGUCAUCCUUCUGGCAACCCAAAGCAAAGAUGGCCGCCAAGCCACUCGAGCGCUUCACAGACCUUAAGGUGACUCUUUGAAUCUCAUUGGAAGCGAAAAGGGAACUAAACCCAAACCCGAGCUGUCAAAACCUUCUUUUCGUCUUGAGAUGUGCACGUCAUCUUCAUUUUCAGCUGCUGCUUCCUUCAAUCUUCUCCAAAAUAAGUUUAGCGCUUAUGGCUUCGCGAUGACGCAGUUCUAUUCAAAACCAUCGCGAGUCGACGGGCUACGCGUCGUCGAGCGGAAUCCCGACCGGCUCGUCGGCGUCUGCGUCCCGCCGUUGCUAAAUUUAAUACGCUAAAAGAAUGAAGCGGUUGAGGAGGCAAAAAUGAGCUUUGCCGCUGCCGCAGUUUCACUUCUUACUGACACGUGAGAUCCUGUCUGCAUAAAGCGGGCCGGCUUCCUCAAAUGGAUCCAAGCCAACUAGGAACAGGUCCAGACCUGACCUUGCGGGUCACGGCUGAGCCUGACGGUCCCCCGCAGCAGGUGGCCCCCGACUGGCGCUCCGUUGCCCCCGAGUGCCCCCCCUAUGUUUAUGAAGUCCCCCCACCACCACCACCCCCCUCCACAAACGCAAUAUGAAUUUAAUCCAAGUAGCGUUUUUGAGUAACGUUGCCACAUGCUUGUUUCCAUUUGAAACCUUUUUUGGGUUUAGUUCCCCUUUUGGGACCGCUUAGGACUUGUUGGCUAUAACAAGUGUCACCAAUUUUUUUUUUUUUUGGAAUACGAAGACAGGUUCUGGGCUCCCUAGAGUCUAUCAUGUGGACCGGGCAGGUGGGCGGGACCGGACUUGCACACGUAGCAGAGCGCUUAAGCAAAGAAACCUCACUCGUACAGAACCACAUCACCUCAAGCUGAUUGGCCGAGCCACGCACGCAAGGCCCGCCCGCUGGCCCGCCACCUCCUGACGACUUACCUCACACGCGUGGGUCCUCGAUCCCGAUCCGGUCCCCGCACGCCACCUACUCCCGGUCCAAUCUAAUCUCAGCCUGUUCUCGUCCGGUCUGGUCUAGUCUAGUCCUUUCACCGGUCUCGGUCUAGUCGUCACCUGAUUGACCUUUGCCCUUUCUAGUCCAUUUGAUUCCGUUCUUAUCCCUUUCAGUCUCUUCCAAUCCAGUCUCGCCUAGUCUAGUCCUUUCAGCCCGGUCUCGGGCUAGUUUUGGUACCUCGCUCGAUCGGCCUCCGACCCCCGUCGGACACCCUUGUCGGGCUUUCAACUUUUUAUUUCAAACUUUGUUGAGGGCGGAGCCUAAGUGUCAAAAAAACUUACGUGCAACAAAUAAAAGAGAUUUGACUGA